AUGUCUAAAGCUGGAACCAAGAUUACUUUCUAUGAAGACAAAAAUUUUCAAGGCCGCCGCUAUGACUGUGAUUGCGACUGUGCAGAUUUCCACACAUACCUAAGUCGCUGCAACUCCAUUAGAGUGGAAGGAGGCACCUGGGCUGUGUAUGAAAGGCCCAACUUUGCCGGGAACAUGUACAUCUUACCUCAGGGCGAGUACCCUGAAUACCAGCGUUGGAUGGGCCUCAAUGACCGCCUCUGCUCUUGCAGAGCUGUUCAUCUGUCCAGCGGAGGCCAGUAUAAGAUUCAGAUCUUUGAGAAAGGGGAUUUUAGUGGUCAGAUGUAUGAAACCACUGAAGAUUGCCCUUCUACCAUGGAGCAAUUUCACGUGCGAGAGGUUCACUCCUGUAAGGUGCUGGAUGGUGUCUGGAUUUUCUAUGAGCUACCCAACUACCGUGGCAGGCAGUAUCUCCUAGACAAGAAGGAGUACCGGAAGCCCGUCGAUUGGGGUGCAGCUUCCCCAGCGGUACAGUCUUUCCGCCGCAUUGUGGAGUAA